AUGACGAAAUCGAAUUGCCACAACCUGUCUAUUCGUCGCAUUCCGGCCAUUGCAGGAUGUGAAUCAAUCAACAAAGUGUUGCAAGAAGACGGUUGUGUUAUCGUGGAGAAAUUUCUCACGCCCGAUCAAGUCAUGGACAUCAACAAAGAUGUGGAUCCACAUAUUACCAAAAUCCACACCAAACGAGGGACGUACCAAGAAGGCUACUGGCUGAAUAUGAGACGACAGGGCCAUCUGGCUCUACUCAGCAAAACGUAUCGGGAGGAUGUCUUGAACCAUCCGGUCAUACACGGUAUCUCCGAGAAGAUCUUCCUGAAAGAGUCUGGAGACUACUGGUUGGCUACGUCAGCAGUUCUAGAGACUGGCCCGGGGUACGCAGGACAAACCCUGCAUAGGGAACAAGAUGGAAUCCCCAUCUGCACUGCUAUGGGAAGGGACUGUCCAGAAGCGAUGUUCAACUUUCUUAUCGCCCUGACUCCGUUUACCGAUGAGAAUGGAGCAACCCGAGUGAUUCCAGGAAGCGAGAAGUGGCACGACUAUAGUUACCAGCCUUCGAUUGAAGAUUCCAUACCCGUGGAAAUGAAUGCUGGAGAUGCUGUCCUGUUCAAUGGCAAGGUGCUCCACGGCGCGGGCAAAAAUCGAUCCGAAAAUUUCAAUCGCCGUGCUCUGCCUAUUGUGAUGCAGUCGGGAUACUUCACUCCAGUUGAAGCCUCUGCAUUUCUUCCUCGUCCUGUAAUCGAGAGUAUGACCCCUCUGGCGCAAAGAAUGGUGGGCUGGAGAUCAGUUAAAUGUCAGGGCAUCGAAUUGUGGUCAUUGCACAUGAAUGAACUUGGAAUGCAGUUGGGGCUGAAAUCAAAUCAGCCGUUACCAGAGGAUCAAGUUGAUAAAAAGUGGUUAUCUCAUUACUGA